AUGGCCUUGCACGUGAUGAAGCCAGAUGGGUAUAAAAAAGAAGUUAUUCAUAAUGCUGUUGGUUUGUCUAAAGAGAAUAUUUGGAUUUUCUGGUCCAUUGACAUGGCCACGCCUGUGGUUAUAAACUCUAGUAGACAAGAUAUUACUAUUGAAACGGAGGGUGUGUUGCAGCAACUUGCUUCGGUUGAUAAUGAUACGCCGUGGUUAGUUAUGGGUGAUUUUAAUUGUGUUCUUCGUAAUGAGGAGAAAAAAGGAGGACGUGAGCCAAGGACUUUAGUCAUUAAUGAUUUUAGUGAUUGGAUGGAAGACAAUGAUCUCUUUGAAGCGGAUUUCUUGGAUUCCAAAUACACUUGGGCUAAUGUUUCUGACCAUUCUACACUUAUUGGGUUUCCUUUCGCUAACCCAAGAAUAAAACGAGCUCCUUUUAGAGUGCAGAAGAUGUGGUUUUCUCAUCAAGAUUUCAUGCGCAUGGUUAUUGAGAGUUGGAAUGCUCCUGUUUCUGGUUCUCCGUUUUUUAUUUACCCUUUCAAUCUCAAAAGACUUAAGGCUACCAUGAAAGAAUGGAAUUUACAGGUCUUUGGCAAUGUUUAUGCUAAGCUCAAGCAGGCUAAAUUGACUAUGGAAGUUGCACUUCGCAUUUCGGAUGAAGAUCCAGAAGAUAUUGCUAAGAUAAAUUCUGCCAAAGAAGCUUCAGUUACUCUUCAGGAAAUUCGUUCUCAACAAUCUAUUAUGUUGAAACAAAAAUUUCGUAACAAAUGGCUCACAGAUGGUUCUAGUAAUACUUCUUUUUUUCAUGCCAAUAUUCGAACUCGCAGGAGCAGUGAUCUGAUUUCGGAAUUGGUGGAUGAUAAUGGGAAUACUCUCAAUGACUUUGAUCAAAUUAGAAACUAUGCGGUUUCUUUUUUUGAGUCUUAA